GGAACGGCAACUCUGACAUAUACCUGUCUAAGUCAUUGCUGGGGAACGCAACAGCCGCUCAAAACAACCCAGCGAAACUACUCGCAGCAUCUGGCGUCUAUAGAAUGGGACCAAAUACCACAAACCUUUCAAGAUGCAAUCCAACUGACUCGGAAUCUG